AUGCAGACCGGCUUGAUACAGAACGCGCACAACGACCUCGUCACUGACGCCGCAUAUGACUACUACGGCCUUCGUCUAGCCACGAGUGGUCUCGAUCAACGCCUGAAAGUAUGGGCGCUGGACGAACAGAGCGGUAGCUGGAUUGCCACGCAUGAUUGGAAGGCCCACGAUGCUGCUGUGACGAAGAUCUGCUGGGCACACCCCGAAUUUGGGUCCAUCAUCGCGUCUAGUUCGUUCGACCGCACAGUGAAGAUAUGGGAGGAAUUACUAGCGGAUACAGAACAGCCUCAGGUGAACGGGGCGUCAGGUGUACCGUCUGGCUCGCGCUGGGUUGAGCGCGCAGUUAUCACGGAGGCGAAAGGCAGUGUCAGGGCUGUCGAGUUUGCGCCACAUCAUUUUGGCUUGAAGUUGGCUACCAUAUCCUCAGACAAUAUCCUCCGCAUCUAUGAAUGUCUCGAGACCCCAACGCUCUCCAACUGGCCACUGUCCGAAGAAGUCGACGUCCUCAGCCUAACCUACGCCCCAGCUUCGCUCUCCCACCCGCACACAGUAGCGAUGACUACCCCGACACAAACGCAUUCCGCACUGGACGGUCCUACAGCGAGUCUCGUGGCCAGCGCUCUGCAGCAGCACCAACCACAUCUACCAAACAGGCCUGGAGUGGGCAAUCGAGAGGCCGACGGUGGGUGGUGUAUAAGCUGGUGUAAGGAUAGGUAUUGGGGUGAGGUCAUUGCAGCCGGCGCUAGCGUUACUGGGAUUGUAAAGAUCAUCCAGAUAUCGCCCUCCCGCCGUCCAACAACUCUUUUCACCCUGGACCCCUCGCCUCAAGCAGACCAAGCAGCUACAUCAGCAACAGCCAGCGCAAGUGAUGCUGAAGUGCCACAGCUCGCGUCCGUCACCUCCGUUGCAUGGGCACCAUCUUGCGGUCGGUCAUACCACCUCGUCGCUACCGGGAGUAGAGACGGGCAUGUGAGGAUAUGGAAACUCAAACCGCCAGCGUACGAUGAGGAGCGUGCGCAAACGGAGGACAACACUUGGACGGGUGUGCAAGUAGCCGAUUUCGAUCAUCAUAAGGGUGCUGUUGGGAGGGUAGAAUGGAAUGUCACUGGGACGGUACUGUCAUCUGCAGGCAAUGAUGGACGCGUGCGUCUGUGGAAAGCGACGCAAGGUAAUGUGUGGAGAGCAGCGGGUCACAUCAGCGUUGAGCAAGCUGAAGACGCGCAUAAAGAGGGAGAUGUUGAGAUGGACGAGUCUUGA